AUGAAACUACUACUAACUAACCUCAUAUCACCACUAAUAUACAUAAUCCCAAUCCUCAUCGCCGUAGCUUUUUUCACCCUUAUUGAACGCAAAGUACUAGGUUACAUACAACUUCGAAAAGGCCCUAACAUCGUAGGACCACAGGGAUUACUACAACCAGUGGCAGACGGUGUAAAAUUAUUUAUCAAAGAACCAAUCUACCCACUAAAUUCAUCAAUCACAUUAUUCACUAUUUCACCAAUCAUAGCUUUAACACUAGCCCUAUCAAUUUGACUCCCCCUCCCUAUACCCUUCCCACUAACUGACCUUAACUUAGGCCUUUUAUUUCUAAUCGCCAUCUCCAGUUUCAUGGCCUAUUCAAUUUUAUGAUCCGGAUGAGCUUCAAACUCAAAAUACGCCCUAAUAGGGGCCCUACGGGCAGUAGCUCAAACUAUCUCAUAUGAAGUAACCCUGGGAAUCAUUCUACUUUCCAUAAUCCUCUUCUCAGGAGGAUUUAAUAUACAAACAUUUACAACAGUACAAGAACCUAUAUACUUAAUAUUCUCCUCCUGACCACUAAUAACAAUAUGAUAUAUUUCCACACUAGCUGAAACUAACCGAGCACCUUUUGAUUUGACCGAAGGUGAAUCUGAACUCGUAUCGGGGUUUAACGUCGAAUACGCCGCUGGUCCCUUCGCCCUAUUCUUCCUAGCAGAGUACGCAAACAUCCUAAUAAUAAACACUCUAACUACCAUUCUAUUUCUAAAUCCCGCCCACAUCAACAAUAUCCCAGAAUUAUUCACCCUAUCACUAAUCUCAAAAACAAUACUCUUAUCAGCAGGAUUCCUAUGAAUUCGAACCUCCUACCCACGAUUCCGAUAUGAUCAACUCAUACACCUCCUAUGAAAAAACUUCCUCCCAAUUACCUUAGCACUAUGCUUUUGACACAUAUCAAUACCAAUCACCCUAUCAGGACUCCCGCCAAUACCAUAG